UAUGGAGUUUAGGGUAAUCAAAUGAGGGAGAAAGGAGCUUGUGAGAAGGAGUGACUCCCACCCAAACUAAGCAGCUAAUGUUAAACUGCUAGCUAUCUGCACUUAAAGAGGGGAAAAGGGAGCCGAGAUCAGCGAGGGAGAGGGCGCUGUUUCACCCACCCUCGGUAAAAUCCGUGGUGCAUCAGCCACGAAGCCAGGCUUGAUAAAGGUCAGGCUCCCUAAAUCUCCUCAAAUCUCCAAAUCACACUCGCCUUCUAGAGAGUAUUGAAACGUACCAGUGGGGCUGUCUAUCUAGAAGACAAACAUCCUUUGAAUGGUUCCCAACUACCCGCGUUCAUUUCAGAAAGAUAGAGGAGUCCGUGGGGCGGGCUUUCACAUCCGCUCCAGUCCUUUCCUAGCUGAUACUGCCCAGUAAUUCAGAGCAGUCUUUCUUCCCCGCCCAAUAGUUUGGGAAGAACCCCCUGCUUUCCCUUCGCUUCUCCGAGGCAGAGCCGCGUACAGCGAUAGUUCCGCUUCAUCUGUGGGCUGAAGCGACACGGAUAGAGUCAUCCCAGAAUAUGUAACAGGGGACUGGGCUGGGGGUGGGGUGGGGUGGGGGCGAGAGAGUAGGCUGUCUGGGAAAGGGUGGGUUAGACUCUCGUCGGUGGGCGAAGGGGCCGUGUGCGCUCCCCAGGAGUGUCGGUCCACCUCGGCAAUUCCAAAGAGGGUCUCCAUCACGUAUGCGGGUUUUCUUGGACCAGCUCCAGACGUCCUCAGCUGUUCUAAGCCAGCAAGAAAUGUAAUCUCGACCUGAAGUCUGAAACCUUUUUUUACUCUUCUAAGCGAAGGAUCUUCCCCCCCACCCCUUAGCCGAUGCUCCCCACUCAGCGGGUCCCUGGAAAGGGCCAUGGAGGAGGGUUCCCAUGUCGCUCCCCAAGCUCCCGGGCGGUCUCAGGGCUCCUUAAAGCCACGGGCCAACCGCCCGCGACCUCCCCGCGGAGGAUUCCGGGCGUCCGCGCUCUGCGGCCCCUGCUCCUUGGCCUCCGCCUUGCCAGUUCGCCCCCGGCGGCCUCGGCGGCCUCGGCGCCCGCGCGUCCAGCCGGGCGCCGUGACUGUUCGGGCCGCCCGCACGCCCUCGGGGACCUCAGCUCGCAGCUCCGCCGUGCAGCCUGGGGCCGGUCGGACCCAGGGGGAGCUGGCAGAUCCGCUCACGCCCCCGGCCGCGGGACGGCACGGCGGGACCGGCGCUCUGGGGUGGGGCUCGGCGGACCUCCGGGCAGCGCCGGGGGCGGCCGAGCCGGAGGCGCGGGGAGCUCCGCCGCUCGCAGUACACUCCCAGCUCAGGGCUCCCCUCGGUUCGCUCGGGCCGCGCGGGGCCCGCUCGGGCCGCCCGUCGCCGCCCCCGCCCCCCGCGCGCCCGCGCCCUUGCUCGCCCCGCGCGCGUUCCAAGGGCGCCACCUCUUUGCGACUAGCUCACUUCUCCGGCAGGUUUGCCUGGGAGCGUGUGAACAUUCCUCUGCUAGGCUUUCAACUCGCCUCCAACCUGCGCCGCCCGGCCAGCAUGCCUCCCCGCCCGUGAAGCGGGGCCGCCGCUGCCCUGCCGCUCGGGCCGCCGCCUCCCCUCCGAGCCGCUAUUAACCCGCCCUCGUUGCCACCUGGCCCUCCUGAUCGACGACACACGCACUUGAAACUUGUUCUCAGGGUGUGUGGAAUCAACUUUCCGGAAGCAACCAGCCCACCAGAGGAGGUCGCGAGAGCGAGAGGAUACGAUGCUGCGGAGGCUGGUUCAGCAGUGGAGCGUCGCGGUGUUCCUGCUGAGCUACUCGGUGCCCUCCUGCGGGCGCUCGGUGGAGGAGCUCGGCCGCCGGCUCAAAAGAGCUGUGUCUGAACAUCAGCUCCUUCAUGACAAGGGGAAAUCUAUCCAAGACUUACGGCGACGAUUCUUCCUUCACCACCUGAUCGCAGAAAUCCACACAGCUGAAAUCAGAGCUACCUCGGAGGUGUCCCCUAACUCCAAGCCUGCUCCCAACACAAAGAACCACCCCGUCCGAUUCGGGUCUGAUGAUGAGGGCAGAUACCUAACUCAGGAAACCAACAAGGUAGAGACAUACAAAGAGCAGCCACUGAAGACACCUGGCAAGAAAAAGAAAGGCAAACCUGGAAAACGCAAGGAGCAAGAAAAAAAGAAACGGCGCACUCGGUCUGCCUGGCUCAACUCUGGUGUGGCUGGGAGUGGGCGAGAAGGGGACCACCCAUAUGACAUCUCUGUGACAUCGCCGGAGCUCAAUUUACGGAGGCAUUGAAAUUUUUAGCAAAGACCUUCAGAGGACGUAUUACAGGAUUCUGUAAUAGUGAACAUAUGGAAAGUAUUAGAAAUAUUUAUUGUCUGUAAAUACUGUAAAUGCAUUGGAAUAAAACUGUCUUCCCCAUUGCUCUAUGAAACUGCACAUUGGUCAUUGUGAAUAUUUUUUUUUUUGCCAAGGCUAAUCCAAUUAUUAUUAUCACAAUUACCAUAAUUUAUUUUGUCAACUGAUGUAUUUAUUUUGUAAAUGUAUCUUGGUGCUGCUGAAUUUCUCUAUUUUUUGUAACAUAAUGCACUUUAGAUAUACAUAUCAAGUAUGUUGAUAAAUGACACAAUAAAGUGUCUUUAUUUUGUGGUUGAUUUUAAUAAUGCCUAAAUAUAAUUAUCCAAACUGAUUUUCCUCUGCAUGUAAAAAUAGCAGUAUUUUAAAUUUGUAAAGAAUGUCUAAUAAAAUAUAAUCUAAAUUACA